AUGUCAGAUGAUCAAGUAGGUGGAAUAGUUAUUGAAAUCGAUGAUGAUGUCAAAUCAACGUCUUCCUUUCAGGAAGAUAUGGUUAAAGUCGAUUCAUCCAAUUCGUCUGUGAAUGAUUCAAAUACAGAUUUAUCUUAUGAGAACUAUGAAAGUGAUUUACAUUCAAGAAGGAAACCACACAAAUCAUCAUCUGAAGAAUCAUUUCUAGAAAUUAGUCAAGAUUUUGAUGAUCAAGUAUUAAUUCCCAAAAUCAUAAAAUUGAAAUCCAAAGUGAACAAAAGAGAAGAUAGAUUGAGAAACCAUUAUUUGCACACUUCUCAAGAUGUUAAAUUCUUAUCUAAGUUCAAUGAUAUACGUUUUAAACUGAACAUAUCUUCGAUUCUUGAUUCUGACAGUUUCUACAAAAGUGAAUAUUUUGGUGUGUAUACUAUUUUUUGGGUUAUUAUAGGACUUUACAUCCUGUGUACUUUGGUGGAUCUAUAUUUCGGUGAACUAAAACCGUUAUCAGAAUGGGUAGUCAUAGGCAUGUUCAAAAAAGACUUAUUAUCGGUUGGGAUUGUCGAUUUUUGCAUGUAUAUAUCAUCAUACUUUCCAUUUUUCUUACAACUUGCAUGUAAGAAUGAAAUCAUUACUUGGAAUGGUUCUGGGUGGAUUAUUCUGUCCUUAUAUGAACUAUUGUUUUUGGUGUUUUGGACAAUUCUCCCACUGGAAACGUUGAUGAAUCUCUCUUGGCUUCCAAGAAUUUUCUUGAUUUUGCAUUCUUUAGUGUUCAUCAUGAAGAUGCAUUCAUAUAGUCAUUAUAAUAGUUAUCUUUGGGAAGUUUAUCAAGAAGGAUUGUCAUCUGAAGAAAGCCUCAAUUCACUUUCUAAAUUAGGCGAUGAAUUCUCGAAGGAACACGUUGAAAUAUUAGAACAAAGUUUAUGGUUUGCCAAACAUGAAUUGGAAUUUCAAACUAAUGGAACAACCGAUAAUAAAGACCACCAUCAUCACGUGUUCAAUUCAGCUGAUGUGAACAAGUCCAUUCGAGUUUUACAGGAAGAGGGAAUUAUUUCAUUUCCUGGAAAUCUAAACUUCAAGGAUUAUUUCAAUUACACCAUGUUUCCUACAUUAGUAUACACCUUGAACUUUCCAAGAACAUCUCAAAUAAGAUGGUCUUAUGUGUUUAAGAAAGUUUGUGGAACGUUUGCCUUGAUUUUCUCAAUGAUCAUUGUCUCCGAACAAAACUUCUAUCCAAUAAUGCAGGAAGUUGCACAGUAUGAGAAAUUAUCAGUGAAGGAAAGAUUGCCAAAAUAUUUGUUAGUUUUAUCUCAUAUCAUUUUACCGUUGGGUAAACAAUAUUUACUUACUUUUAUCUUAAUCUGGAAUGAGAUUCUCAAUGGAAUUGCAGAAUUAAGUAGAUAUGGAGAUCGUCAUUUUUACGACGCUUGGUGGUCUAGUGUCAACUACAUGGAUUUUUCAAGAAAAUGGAACACCGUCGUUCAUAGAUUUCUUCGCCGUCAUGUCUACAAUUCAUCCAUAACCAGUUUUGGUUUUACCAAGAUGCAAGGUGCUAUCCUUACUCUUUUGUUGUCGGCCACAAUUCAUGAAUUGGUUAUGUAUAUUUUAUUUGGUAAAUUACGAGGUUACUUAUUCUUAACAAUGCUAGUACAGAUUCCAAUGACAAUAACUGCAAAAUACAAUAGUCGUGUCAGGGGCAACAUUAUAUUUUGGUUAACAUACUCCUGCGGACCAAGUUUAGUAAGCACGUUAUAUUUAUUAUUCUAA